CUGCUAUCUAAAUGUUAUGUUUGAAAUCUUCUUGAACAAGUUUUAAUUUUCAUGAUAUGCCUGCUGCAAAACCUAGGUCAGGCCCUUCGGGUUAUUUAAAGCUGCUGAAGCGCCCGUCAGACCAUGCGGUAACUGCUGUCAAGAAACAGCUGGGAAGCCUCUAUACGGAGGAUGGUCCACCACUCGGUGUCGAUUUUGACAGUCUUCCUCCCUCAAAUCAAAACAGGUUCAAGUGGAUGAAAACUACGGUACGAGAUAAGGCAUUUCACCAGCUACAGGGAUUCGAGAUUGGCUCCAGCGCAUCAUCAUCACUCAGAUUGAAAAGGGAUAGAGCAAGUUUUAAGGUCCCUCAAGGAUCUGAUGGGCUGGACAACGUUGGGCACCAAAAAUGCAAGCAGAGCUCUUCCCCUGGUUACUAUUCUGAUGGAUCACUUGAAAUGUCUACUAAAGGUGUCACUGGAAGCGACAGUAGAUAUGAUUUUGCAAUGAGGUACAGUCAUGGGGUUGAAGAGACAAAAGUAGGUUCUGUUAUCGGUGGCAAAUUAAAAGGGGUGCAAGAAUCUGGAUUCAAUAAGCACGGUGAAGCAAGCCAAAAUAAAUUUCCGGGAGAAUAUAUUGAACAUCUUUCAACCACCAAUUGCACAAAUGAAUGUGACAAUAUCUGGACUCUCGCACUUCCAUGCAGAGGGAGUGCAAAGGAUGCAAGGAUAGGCAGAACCGGUGGCAGCAAGGUCGAGAUUCCCAAGAAGAACAAUAUCACUGCUUCAAAAAGGCCUAUGGAAGGACUUCCUCCGCAGCAGGAACCAUCAACAAAGAAACAUUUGUGGCGCCUGCAUGCAAUGGAACCGACCCAGCCAUAAGGUCUGGUGGUGAGACCAGGAUCGGAGGUGGUGUUAGUGAUGAAAAGGAGGCGAAAAGUGGAGCAGAGAAAAGUUCUUGUGUGGAGUAAACAACUCCAAAGAUUGGCCUUAGCAGCACAGAUCUCCUCCCUAAGCCUGCGGUUAGGCAGCUGAUGCUGAUUUGACGUGCAUGCCCUUCAGUGAGCGGCUAAAAAUCAAAAGCAUUGGGACUCCGGCCGUGGUGGUUUUACUGAUGCUUUUAAUAUGGGAGGAUCCCAAAGGGAGGGCAUGAUAUCUGAUAAGCAGUUUAUUCAAGAGCUUGAAGAUGAUAUCCUACCAGCUGAAGCUUAGGGGAGGAUUCAGAUCAUAACCUCGAAGCAUGAUUCACCAAAGUCUAUGAAAACUUUGGAGCUUUGUUGAGUUUCAGACACGAUGAAAGCAGAAAUUUUUGAGGCAACAGGCUUGACCGAGAAGCAAGUUAAUGGAUGGUUUUGUCACCGAAGGUUGAAAGACAAGAAGCUUUAUUUUAGCUCUGUAGCUAGAGGGUUGGAGCACUCGAGUGCAGUAGUAGUGCAAGAUCAUGGCAGCAGGCAUAGGCCAGAUUUUUGCGGCAGUACAAAACUAGGAGAUAAUAGGAAUUUUUUAUACCAAGAAAGUCGAAAGUGGUAGAGUAAUUCUUCCAGAACAUUCGGUGUGGAACUCGCAUUUUCCAGAAACAAAAGAAUCAUAUACGACACAUCGUCCGGGAGUAGUUCUUCAUUGAAGAGCCUGCCUGGACAUAAUAUAGUAAAGCCCACUUAUUUGGCAAUUUCCGGGUACUUACUGCCAAAAUCUUCUCUGGAUAUGCCUGCUGCAAAACCUAGGUCAGGCCCUGCGGGAUAUUUAAAGCUGCUGAAGUGCACGUCUGAAAACCAUGAGAUAACUGUUGUCAAGAAGCAGCUGGGAAGCCUCUAUACGGAGGAUGGUCCACCACUCGGUGUCGAUUUUGACAGUCUUCCUCCUGGUUCCUUCAAAUCAAAACAGGUUCAAGUUGAUGAAAACUAUGGUACGUGAGAAGGCAUUUCACCUGCUUUAGGUUGUAUUUUGAAUCUCCACGAGCACCUCAAGUUUGGAAAGG